UACAACCGUAACACUGAAUCUUCGGAUUGUACACCAAGAAAAAGAACGGCUAUGUCGUCCAUUUCCAAUAAUUUUUCAGCACCGGUUUUAGACUUUACAACAGAGAGCUCAUCUUGCACAUCACGAAGGAAAGGAUCUAAUGAUCGUUCUAAUCCAACGCCAUCUGUUUCAUCCAUUAGCGGACCCAGCACCAGCAGCAAUUACAUGCAUAGCAUGCCAUCAAUUGAUCAUAUUACGCGCUCCACUGUAACUCCGCAUAGACAUAGUCAACGUCAUGAGCACAGCUUUCGUUCUGUGGUCCCAUCAAAUCCCACUCGACGUCCUAGAAGCAGGUAUGCAAUGAUGUCUAGUAUGAGGAACGAGCAGAUCGACGGUAUGUCCAAUAUUAGAUCGGGCAAUCCGAGGAUACCAGUUCACCAAGAAAGAACGCCCUCCGAAAAAUCAGACUUGCAAUGGUUGGAUAAACUUAGCGUGGCCAUUCCGGACUUGGCUAAACAACCUUCUGUUUACUUUCAAAGCGAUACAAAAGAUUCCUGAAAUCAAGCUAACGGCCCGACAUUCCGGCCGCCGUUUCGAAGGAACACCUGACAGGAUUGUGAAUUCUGUCUGACUUAUUGGAAUCUGUUAGCGCAUUAUCAAUAUUGUCAAUAUUGGACAUCAGUAUUUAAUUAUUAUCGGGCUAAUCGAAAUAUUAUUCGUCAGAUUUUUAAUAUCUGAAAACUACAACUAAAACAAAACCUGACCGUAAAACAAAUUUACAAAUAUUGUA